AUGGCCAAAUCUCGCUUCUUACGCAACAAGCGCGCCCGCUCUGUCGUCUCUGAACUCCCUUGGCGAAACGACAAUCCCUUCGGGCCACCCCAGGUCCCUCGCUCCUUCCCCAACGGCGGCAUUCGACGCUUGCGCAACACUCUCUCAAAGCUCUCCCCCUCCGCCUUUGCGGAGAAAGAGCUCCUGCGCAAGAAGAAUCAAUAUAAGAUUCCCCUCACCCGCCGGAAUGUGGAUAACUUCGUGACAAAGCAAGAAUGCAACGAGGCCUGCCAGCUCAACCAGCGAACCCCCGAAAUCCAGGUGGCUGAAUGGCUCGAACAUGUUUCUUGUUUGGGGCACUCGCAGGGCUCCACUUGGCUGUUAGUCGACCCGAGUUCGAACUAG